GCGUCACCCCCAACUGUACUUUCUUUGCCGGUGAGGGGGUACCUAUGAACGUAGCAGACACAUCUGGACUACAUGGACCCAUUCGGAUAUAUUCCUGCUGAUCAAUUGCAAGCGAUGGACUAACAGAUCAAGUGGGGAAUCGGUGAUAACCGCUGAUUGGUCAGUGCGGAAUCGGGUGAUGUUCCAUGUUUGGGCAAUAAAACUAGGGUGGUCUGUCUAGUCUAGGCACUCUGAUCUGAGCAUCAGCUGACUGAACUUCAAACUCCCAAAACUCGUCAGAUCGCCAUCUGAUCAGACAACAAUUUCCCUGACAGAAUCCAAAGUCGUCAGUACAACCAUGCCUUCUCUCGUACCAUUCAGCGAUAUCAACACCAAGAUCUUCUGCACCAAUCAGGCCUCGGGUGGCUCCGGUGGCAAAGCGAAGACCUUCAUCAAGAUGGACACUGGCGCGGUCAUGACCAAGAUCCAGGCUUGGAAGGAAGACUGGCGGAUCCGAGGCGUGGAGAUGACGAUGAGCGACGGCACGCAACAGCUCUUCGGUUCCCGGACUGGGUCCGGGUCCUUGUUCACACUUAACUCCGGGGAGACGCUGAGGAGGCUUAACAUCCAGGCGAGCGGCCAGAAGAGCUCUGGGGGCUACGUCCGACUCGGUGCCAUCUGGAUGGAGACCAGCCAAGGCCGAAGCUGGGGGAUCUUCUCUCGAUACCUGACCGAGGAUGGCAGGUACUGGUACGACAUGCCUAAUUCCGGGAUCGUCUGUGGGAUGUUCGGGAAGUACGGCGACGAUGUGGACUGCCUGGGCUUCGCUGUGAUGAACCCCAUCGAGAGGGCUCGCCUGGUGAACGUCACCUAUCCUAAUCUGGACCUGAAGGUGGUGGCCGACACUCCGACAAUCGUGGCAUCCAACGAGUACAGCAACGGCACGUCUGUGAACCAGUCCUACACACUCACCGGAGAAAAGACCGUGACGACCGAGCGAUCAUGGAGCGUGACCACCGGCUUCGAGAUGUCCUAUUCUGUUUCUGUGUCAGCCAGCAUCCCUCAGGUGGCCGAUAUCGAGGCUAGCACGUCAUGGACUCUUAGUUCGGAAACAACGCACAGCCGAUCGGAGACCAUCAGUGAGGAGCAAGGCUGGGAAUGGCCAAUCGUCUGCCCACCGUACAUGCGUAUCCGUGCUUCGGGCACCAUGUACCAGGACAGCAUCGACAACGCCUACGAAGCCAAGGUCCACAUCGACUUAAAGAACGGCCAAGACUACGAGUACGCGGUGAAAGGCAUCUAUGAGGGCAUGAACGUUAGACAUGGCCUCCUGAAAGUUGAGGAACUUGGGCCUCCCUAAACUGAUGCUUAGUGGACCUUGAUCCAAGUCUGGGUUUGAAUUUUUUUCACUCUUACACCUACAACUUAAGACCAAAUUAAAUUUAGUCUUCUAUGACGACAACUGUUUGUUGAAUUUUACAGAAUUUCUAACCCAAACUAUUGAUAAAGCACAACCUAAUUUUGCGUAGUUGCAAUUCUCACCCUUUCUUGGGUAAAAUUAACCAAGGCAAUUUUUCAGUGUACGCGCGAAAAUGACGUUUCCACAGUCUCCUUUCAAAAUAUGACGAUUUAAGAUGUAAAUUCGAUUUUUAGCACAAGUGAAUACUGUAGUCUUUAGGAACAUUAAAGUACAGCCAACUUUGUUUAAUAUGUGGGGAAAUGGUGUAUAUGCUGCUUUUUGUAAAAGUUAAGCUUAACUAUUUAGUGUGAUAUGAUUACGUAAUUGUAUUUUGUUUUUGUUUUUCAACGUUUUGAUAUUUAGUGGCCUUUUAUAUACUGCACACUCCAUACACGAGGAAUGCUUAAAAAUACACAACAAUUGCUUUUGCUGUAAUUUUCAGAAAUGGGUGGUUUUUGGGAAUUAGUGUUUCAUAGCUAAUAUUGUUAAGGUUUUGUACUCGUAGAUGCUGGAAAAUCCAAGAAAUAUAAUCCUGUUUUUGUAGUCUGGUUCCCCGAUCACUCUUAAAUUGAAAUGGACCAGCGUUGGAAAAUUGAUACAAAAAAUACCAUGUCUUGAAAAUGUCAGCCCACCUGAUGCUAUGAUUUUACAGGAUACUUCCAGUCCAGUAUUUAGUAAUAAUUUGCUGUAUUUCUUAUGUUUGAAAAUGUUGUAUAUUCUCUUUAAACCUUUUGCAUAUUAAACUGGUACACAACUAUUGUAUUCGAUGUUUUAGAGAACGUCUUGUAGAUCAUGUGACAUGUGUUUACAAAAGUGGAUGUUGUGGUCAUGUGAUGCCAACAGUCAGUCACGUGAUACCAACGUUAUCUUUAGCACUGCAUGUAUAUUAGUUUUAAUGUGAUGGGUUUAAAAGUGUACGCAUAUAUUGUUUAAUGAGGGCCAAGUAACAUGUAGAGAAGCUGCUUAAAUGUGUGGGUUGUUAGUGGCGGGUUUUCUAUCUGCAGCACACAUCGUCCAUGGAUCAUGAUUAUUCAGCUAGUUCGAUGUUUAUUCAUAAGAAAAUAACAAUGAUGUCACACCAUUGCUAUCACUCAGUCAUGCAUAUACAUUACAGCAUUUCAAAGGACGGCCUUCGUACAGCUGCCACAGUGGCCUAGUAGAUAGUGGAAUGAACUAUUAAAGAUCUGUGGUUCGAAUCCAUGUCAAUUUUCAUCAAAUAGUUUUGUUGAUUGGGAUAAGUGUGAAGGGAAAACACUACGAGAACACAGCGUGAUACAUAUCAUAGGCACUAUCUAAUUUCAUUUUGAGAGAUAUAGCAAUGUACGAACAUGAUAACGGGACACCCUUAUAUGGUAUAGGAGGCUAUGCGGCGUUAUUCCUCAAAAUUAGAACAAUAAAGUAACUACUUGUUUAUAUAUGAAUUAGCGACAUCAUGGAAUUGUUGCCUGAAAGUGAGGGAUCCAUUCAGCUCCGCCAAUAACCAUUUGACAUUAGUCUGAUCAUUGAAUGACCUUUGACCCAAAUCUGUGAUCAUUAGGAUUAGGCUCGUACAAUACCCCAAAAAGGGCUAGGAAAUUGGCUGUAGAAUGCAGGAGAAAAUCAGUAUGACCCUUGACCCUUGCUGAACCCUGACCCAAUGAUUAAGCAUAACAUGAAUGAUCCCGGAGGGUAGUGAUGAUGACUGCAACAAAAAGAACAAUCGUCCCCGGGGCAUAUUUUAUUUCCAACCUCGUUUCUAAUGACAGUGGGUAGUGUGGGAACGUACUGCUCGACACCAUGGGAACGAGGUUGACCGCAAUCGGCCAACCGUUGUUGGAGAGGCAUUUUUAUACCCACACUAUAUCAUCAGAGUCUCUAGUCUAAUUUGAUUUUUGUUACUGAAUAUAUUAACUGACGACAUA